UGGCAAUCCGAUAGGCGAUGUUCUACGGAUGGGGCUCUGUGACGCGUUCGUCACGUCAAAACAUCAGGAAUUCCAAGUUCAUACAAAAAACUCCAUGUGCUUUGGCCUUCAUGUGGCUUUCCCUAGCUUUUCCCUGUGCAGUGUGACGCGUCUGGCUGUUUUCGGCUCUCCCCUCUCCCCUCUCUCCCUCGUAUUGUCUACGCUUCUAUCCCUUUUGUCACACUUAAAACCGAAUAUAAUAUAUAUAUUGCUCGUCGGAGUCUAUGUAUAUGGUGGUACAGUAACUAGCACAGCUCUCAAGAGCCCUCGGCCGAGAAUUCCAUCGUAUCGGGAGACCGACAUCGGUUCAUUAUUGUACUGAAUCUCUCGAUCAAUUGUAAUAAUACGACAACAAUGUCAAGAAUGCUCGACUGGACUGGACUUGAUUCCAUUCUCCCGCCAGUGGCAACCCGCAAAUUCAUCCCACUUGCCUUCCAGUGUUGACUAAGCAGGCCGUACCCCCACCAAACGCGGGCUCCAGCUGAAGCGGCGUAUCUGACAGUACAGCAAUUAAUUACACCGUAGCUCAAAAAUACCGGCAAUGAAAGGUGCUGCCGUGCCAAGACUCCGCGUCUCUGCUGCGUUACCGGCGCAAAACGGCUUUCUGCGCGCGAAACGGCCGAGGAUAUUUAUAUUGCUCAGGCCGCCAGUGACAUCGGGGCUAUCACAAGCGCAUAUAAGUGCCCAAUAUCAAGACUUUCGAGACCAGGUAUGGAACAAUAAUAAAUGCAGGGGUAUCUCGGGACCGUUCUUGGCUGUAUCGUACAUACCAUACAACUUAGCAACCCUGCUCUGAUAAAACACUGAGGAAGCUAUAGGUAGUGUGGGGGGAGGAUUGGGCAUCCGCAUCCCAGCGUAUGUAUGUUAUGCGCGGGAAGUAUUACACCAAGUAUUCUUGGGUGACUGUGGGGGCUGAUAUUGCAUGGUGUCUGCUGGGUUCGAUAUAAGAAUAACAAUACAAGAAGAUCCCCGUCCUCUUCCCCUCCUCCAGCCCCUCUCCUCCUCCUCCUCCUCCUCUUCGUCUUGCUCUUCCUUUCAACUCGCGCACUCUUUUAUACCCUCUUCCAUUCUCUAUAUUUCUCUAAUAAUUGUUUGUGCCUGGUUUUGCUCUUACUUGUGCUGUAAUUCAAAUACCCUUGCGGUUUACUGUUGCUCCUUGCCUCCGCGAAUCUGGUCAGGUCAAGGACAUCAAAAAAUUACUUGUCCCCUCCAUAUAGAGAGCAGACCAAGACCCCAAUUCUACCUUCAAAAUGCAGACCAAACACUUCUUCGCCGAUCCCACCCAGGUUGUCAACUCCGCCCUCGCAUCCCUCACCCUCACAAACCCCUCCCUCGCAUUCGACCGUCCCAACAAGAUUGUAUAUCGUCGCCCUACCUCAGAUUCCUCCGCAAACCCAAAAGUCUCCAUUGUCUCCGGCGGUGGUUCCGGCCAUGAACCCGCUUUUGCUGGCUACGUGGGCAAGGGCCUCCUAACCGCCUCCGUGGCUGGUACUAUAUUCGCCUCCCCUUCCGCUGAGCAGGUCAGGACUGCGGUUAUGGAGCGCAUUGAAACCUCCAAAGGUGUCUUUAUUAUCUGUAUGAACUAUACCGGUGACGUCAUGAAUUUUGGGAUGGCGGUGGAGAAGGCGAAAGCGGCGGGGAUCAAGACAGAGUUCUUUGCAGUUGGUGACGAUGUCGGUGUUGGAAGAGCAAAGGGUGGUAAGGUUGGCAGGAGAGGUAUUGGAGGCGGUAUUCUGGUAUUGAAGAUUGUAGGCGCGCUUGCGGAGUCAGGCGGGUCUCUGGAUGAUGUAUAUCGAAUCGCACAGCUUACUGCGGAGAACACUGUCACUCUUGGAGCUUCGCUCGAACAUGUCCAUGUUCCUGGACGAGAAAUUCCAGAUCCCAAUUCCGACGAAAUGAUACCCAAAGAUGAAAUUGAAGUGGGAAUGGGAAUCCACAAUGAGCCAGGCUCCCAUCGAAUCAAAGCUAACGGAGAAGAACUAAUCAAGGGAAUGCUUGUCCAGCUGCUGGAUCAGAAUGAUCAGGAUCGUGCGUUCUUAAAAUACUCCGCUUCAGACAAAUUUGUCCUCCUCGUGAACAACCUUGGAGCCGUGAGCACACUGGAGUUAUCCGCGGUAACUGCUGAGGUUACAGCCCAGCUGGAGCGGGAUUACCAAAUCAAACCUGUCCGCACAAUCCAGGGAACCUUCUUGACCAGUCUAAAUGGAAUGGGAUUCAGCAUCUCCCUUCUUAGACUAGCUGACACGGGUCUUGGGCCCGGGAAAUCGCUUCUAGAUCUUCUAGAUGCCCCCUCUGAAGCCGUUGGUUGGUCAGCUCCCGUGGCAACUUCGACUUGGGAAAAUCAAUCAGAUGCUACAUACGACACCAAGAAAGCAGUUGUCGCUGAAGAAACCCCCUCCAACCUCAAACUCGAUCCCUCCGUCCUCAAAAAAGCCCUAGCAGGCGGGCUUAACCGCGUAAUCGACGCCGAACCUCUUGUAACCAAAUACGACACCAUCGUCGGCGACGGUGACUGCGGCGUCGGCCUCAAGCGCGGCGCGGAAGCCAUCCUCUCCUUCCUCAACGACCCCUCCCCCACCACCCCGCUAACAGACGACCUCGUCACCUCUAUCAACAAAAUCAUCCCCAUCGUCGAAAACGUCAUGGACGGCACCAGCGGCGCUAUCUACGCCAUCUUCCUCAACGCCCUCGCCCACAGCAUCCGCGAACAAGCUCCAGCAUCCCCAACCCCCGUCACUGCCAAGGAAUGGUCCACCGCGCUUCACCACUCCCUGCGCGCGCUGGGGAGAUACACCCCCGCGCAAGUCGGUGAUAGGACGUUGAUUGACGCUCUUGCGCCGUUCGUUACGACGCUGGCGGAGUCGGGCGAUCUGGGUGCGGCUGCAAAGGCUGCGGAAGAUGGCGCGGAGGCCACGAAGCAUAUGAAGGCUAGUUUGGGCCGGUCUGUAUAUGUGGGUAGUGAGGAGGAGUGGAUUGGGAAGGUGCCGGAUCCGGGAGCGUUUGGGCUCGCGCAGUUUUUUGGGGGGCUUACGGAUGCUGUGUAGAUUUAAGCGCUUAUUUAACUAAUAGCUAAAUAGCUAACUAGGUUGUUUUAAAUGCACAACACGAGUUUUAAUGGAGGUUUUUUUUCCUUCUACUUUCUCUUAAAGAAAAUGCAAAUACAAAUUUAAUCUAUUUAUGUUGGAACAAAACAACGGAUCGAUCCUUAAGGUGGGGAUAACACAUCUUAAGAUCAUAUGUCACGCACCCGGACCCCUAUUUCAUUCGUGGGACUCAUUUGAUAUAUACUUCGUUGUCUUUCGACCAUGAUAACUGCAAAAUCGUGUAUCCGAUAUUUAAUCGAAACCAUAUAGAUAUAACAACAUAAUUCCAAUCAUCGCUCAUCAACAAUUACAAUACCCACUUACCCCUUAAUCAAAAGAACAUCCAACCCCAAAGCCCACAACAACCUCCCAACCUCCCAACCUCCCCCAAACCCGAAACCCGUGCAGCCCUAGACUUCGCACCGCCCACACUCCCCCUCACAAACCCCAACGUGGCAUUCCACUCUGGCACCGACCUCCCAAAAGCAACCGAUCCGACCUCUCUUCAUCAAUCGACCCUUAUUACCUAGGAUGAAAAGCCCGGACAUGACCACCUGCGCCACGCGCGCGUUGAAAGAGCCCGAGACCCGGGGCACGAGGACGGGGUCACCAGCCCAGUCUCCUUGUAUUCUCUUGAUGGGGCUGAGGAGGGAGCCGCCGUGGAGGAGAAUAGUCGGUAUCGGAGAUGCCGGUGCAGAUGCGCUGUAGGCGGGUUUAUCAUUGUUGUUAUUGUUGUUGCUGGGCAUGUUGGUCAUAUCGUAGAUCCAUAUGGGCCCAUGGUUGCCGAGCUGUUUGAAUAGAUGGUUGGUAAAAAAUCAUUUCAGUAUCUAACCGAUGCACUGGUUUGUUGCUUGAAAAAACAAACGACGUACGCCAUCCCGGUAUAAGGAUGGAUCUCCUGGCAGUUGGAGUAACUGGCAUGCCUCAAUGGAGAAGCUGUGAAGAGAUCCAGGGAGUGAUUUACUUCCGCUGCAAUCCAAUAUAGAGAGCAGCUUCAAUAAAUAUGUGCUGGAAAUCAAUAAAUCCAGACAUAGAUCCCAAAGCGGGAUAUCUAGUUCACUUGUAGAAAAG